GUGGGCGGACACUCCCGUGCAUGGCUCCUUGCACCGGGGUUUGCCCACAGACCCCCGCUGGCACGGCCACCCUCUCGCCACGGUAGCACCGGGAGGUUGGGGGACGGGAGCCGAAGGGACGGGGGGGUGAGCACCCUCUGCCCAGCAUCGCCUCCCGCUCCACGGCAGGGUGGAGAUGAGCAGUCCCCCCGCCUUCUCCAGCGUCCGCAUAUCGGGCUGCUGGGCCCUCGGGCCGGACGGCGGCAACAGCAGUGCCGAAUCUUUAGACCGGCUGUACCCUGCGGUGGGCUCCACCAAGCCACCCCGAAAGCGGACCACUAGCCAGUGCAAGUCUGAGCCACCCCUGCUGCGGACCAGCAAGAGGACCAUCUACACAGCUGGCCGGCCACCAUGGUACAAUGAGCAUGGGACGCAGUCCAAAGAGGCCUUCGUGAUAGGCCUGGGAGGAGGCAGCGCCUCUGGGAAGACCACGGUGGCCACCAUGAUCAUUGAGGCUCUUGACGUCCCUUGGGUGGUUCUGCUGUCCAUGGACUCCUUCUACAAGGUGUUGACCAAGCAGCAGCAGGAGCAGGCAGCCAGCAAUGACUUCAACUUUGACCAUCCCGAUGCCUUCGACUUUGACCUCAUCAUCGCCACCCUGAAGAAGCUGAAGCAAGGCAAGAGCGUGAAGAUCCCCAUCUAUGACUUCACCACCCACAGCCGGAAGAAGGAAUGGAAAACCCUGUAUGGCGCCAACGUGAUUAUCUUUGAAGGCAUCAUGGCAUUCGCGGACAAGGAACUCCUGAAGCUCCUUGAUCUGAAGAUAUUUGUGGACACGGACUCGGACAUCCGCUUGGUGCGUCGCCUGCGCAGGGACAUCAGCGAGCGUGGCCGUGACAUCGAGGGUGUCAUCAAGCAGUACAACAAGUUUGUCAAGCCCGCCUUCGACCAGUACAUCCAGCCCACCAUGCGGCUGGCCGACAUCGUCGUCCCCCGAGGGAGCGGAAACACAGUGGCUAUCGACCUGAUCGUUCAGCACGUCCACAGCCAGCUGGAAGAGCGUGAACUCAGUGUCAGUGCUCUCGGCUUUCCAGGCUCUCCGAGGCUUGAGCAGAUCAUCUCUCCAGCGUGCCAGGAGAUGGGCACCUCUGUGAGCCCACAAGCACUGCGCUGGGAUAUGGCCGCCCUGGCCUCUGCCCACCAGUGCCACCCCCUUCCUCAGACCCUCAGUGUGCUGAAGAGCACCCCUCAGGUGAGGGGCAUGCACACCAUCAUCAGAAACAAGGAGACCAGCAGAGAUGAGUUCAUUUUCUACUCCAAGAGGCUGAUGCGGUUGCUGAUUGAGCAUGCGCUCUCCUUGCUCCCUUUCCAGAGUUGCACAGUCCAGACCCCUCAGGGACAGGACUACGAAGGGAGGACAUACAGCGGGAAGCAAAUCACCGGGGUGUCUAUUCUGCGAGCGGGCGAGACCAUGGAGCCAGCGCUGCGAGCGGUGUGCAAGGACGUCCGCAUCGGGACCAUUCUCAUCCAGACCAACUGCAACACGGGCGAGCCGGAGCUCCACUAUCUGCGGCUGCCGAAGGACAUCAGCGAAGACCACGUCAUCCUGAUGGACUGCACGGUCUCCACGGGCGCAGCAGCCAUGAUGGCAGUGCGGGUGCUGCUGGAUCAUGAUGUCCCAGAAGACAAGAUCUUCCUCCUCUCCCUGCUUAUGGCGGAGAUGGGUGUCCACUCAGUUGCCUAUGCUUUCCCCCGGGUGAAGAUCAUAACCACGGCUGUGGACAAGAAGGUGAAUGACCUUUUCCGGAUAAUCCCCGGCAUCGGGAACUUUGGCGAUCGGUACUUCGGGACGGACGCUCCUCCCGACUGGAGCGACGAUGAAGAUGCUCUUAGCACUUAGCUGGAUGUGGAGAUGCCACUGGCGCCAGGCAGCUUCAGCACCGCACCUUAACCCCUCUGUCCAUUGCAGAUUUCUCCUUCCUCCUCACCAAGCAUAGAUAUUUUUUUCAAAUCUUACAUUGGAGAUCUAGGGCAUAUUUUUUCAAAGAAACACAAAUCCUAGUUUGACUUUGUGGACAGUCGUGUGUCCCAGCGUAGAGCGGAGCUAAUUUAUUUUAACUUAAAUAUUUGCCUAUAUAACUUAUUGGAGAUAUUUUAUAAAGAAAAAUAAUAAAUUUUUUCUCUGUUUUUCUUGAA